GCUCGGAGCGAUACCUUCCGGCGAAGAAGGCGUUGGCUAUGUACCAGGCUUGCAUGCAAGGAAAACCUGCCGGCCAAUACAGACGUGCCGGCAUGGAAGCUCUCAAGAAAUUCAUGAGGCAACGUCGAAUCCCUUGGCCUGGCGAGCCAGACGUGAACGUGAACCCCCUGGGCGUACUUCUCGACUUCGCCUUCAACUGGCAGACGCCGUUUUGGUUUCACGUCCAGGUUUUGCAAGGUAACAGCGGCCAAAGGAACAGCCUCGUUCUACGCUUGGGCAACUUUAUGACAUUCUGGUCCAAUUACCACCAAAGCCUGGUUGCUGAUCAGGUCUACUACAACUACCUCAUUAAUUACUACGAGGCAUUCGCUGACCCCAGUGACAGAAGGCCGACCAGAGACGAAGUUGCCAGGAUGGAGAUGAUCCACUCUGACGUGCUGAACCAAUUCGUGGACUUAGAGACACGGAACAGAAAGGCGAGAAAAUUGACAAGCUGUAUCAGUGCUCCGAACUGGGCUAGUUGGUGAAAUGCUGAAUUUCUUG